AUGGGUGACUACUCGAAAGCAAUUGAACUUUACGAAAAAUCACAUGAAAUACUCGAAAAAGCUCUGCCUCCGAAUCAUCCCAAUUUGGCUUCUUCAUACAACAACAUCGGUCAAGUGUAUAACAACAUGGGUGACUACUCGAAAGCACUUGAAUUUUACGAAAAGACACUGGAAAUCGACAAGAAAACUUUGCCUCCAAAUCAUCCCUCAUUGGCUACUUCAUACAACGACAUCGGUGGAGUGUAUAACAACAUGGGUGACUACUCGAAAGCACUUGAAUUUUACGAAAAAUCACUCAAAAUAAGAGAAACAGCUCUGCCUGCAAAUCAUCCCCAUUUGGCUACUUCUUACAGUUGCAUGGGUCAAGUGUAUUACCACAUGGGUGACUACUCGAAAGCACUCGAAUUUUACGAAAAAUCACAUAAAAUCUACGAAACAGCUCUGCCUUUAAAUCAUCCCGAUUUGGCUAAUUCAUACAACAACAUCGGUCAAGUGUAUAACAACAUGGGUGACUACUCGAAAGCACUUGACUUUUACGAAAAAUCACUCAAAAUAAGAGAAACAGCUCUGCCUCCAAAUCAUCCCUCAUUAGCUGGAAGUCACUUGAAUUAUGCUGCGUGUUACGAGCGAAUGGGUGUUUACACGGAAGCUCUUAAGGCUCUUCAAAGUGCUUUUAAAAUUCAGCAGAAAGCAUUCGAAGAAGGUAAUCCAGCUUUUGCUUCUACAUACAGCUGGUUUGCAAGAGUGUAUCGCAGUAUGAAAGAUUACUCAAGAGCACUUGAGUAUUUUGAAAAGUGUCUCUUAAUAGAUCAAAAAACACUGCCUGAGACACAUCCGUAUUUCGGUAUAUCAUACAGUGAUAUAGGUGAUGUUCAUCGAUUAAUGGGUGAUUAUGAAAAGGCACUUUCAUUGCAUCGAAAUGCACUGAAUAUUCAAGAAAAUGUUCAAUGUAAUCCUCUACAAUGUGCAACAACAUACAUAAAUUUAGGUGAAACUUAUCGAGAAAUGAAAGAUUACUCUACGGCUUUAACAUAUUUUGAAAAAGGACUAAAAAUUCGUGAAAAGAAAUUACCAAAAAAUCAUCCUGAUUUAGCUGUAGUAUAUCACAAUUUGGCGAAAUUAUAUUUGUCUACUCGACAAUAUAAUAUGGCAAUGNAUCCGCGGACACGACCCAUAUAUAUAUAG